GCGCCGCUCCGUGGGCCGCCGGAGCCGCASGUCGGGCCGCCCUCCUCUUCCUCCCCACCGCCGCCGCCUCUCGCUAUGAAUGCGCGCCGGGCCCUGCUCUCCGCCGCCUUGCUCGCCAGCCUCCUCUGGGAUUUACCUUGCUGCCUCCCGGCUUCCCUCCCUGCCGCCUCCGAGCUCGCCGCCUCCUCCAAAGGUGGUCGCAGCCGCAGAGUGCCGCGGUCCCCACGCGAGAACCGCCCGCGGCAAGGGGGACACGCCAUGGGCCGGGCGCUCCCACGGGCGGAACCUCACGAGUACAUGCUGUCUCUGUUCAGGACUUACUCUAUCGCGGAGAAACUGGGCAUCAACGCCAGCUUUUUUCAGUCGUCCAAAUCUGCCAACACCAUCACUAGUUUUGUAGACAGGGGACAAGACGAUCUCUCGCCCGCUCCCUUGAGGCGGCAGCAGUAUGUGUUUGAUGUGUCGACCCUCUCGGAGACGGAGGAGCUGGUGGGGGCCGAGCUGCGGCUGUUCCGCCGGGCCCCCCGCGGCCGCCCGCCGCCCGCCGCCCCGCCGCACAUGCAGCUCUCCGCCUGCCUCUCGCCGCGCCCGCUGGACUCCCGCGCCCUGGACCCGCGGGCGGCCUCAUCCUCCGCCUGGGAGGUGUUCGACGUGCGGCAGGGCCUGCGGGAGCAGCGGCCCUGGAAGCGGCUGUGCCUGGAGCUGCGGGCCUCGGCGGAGCGCGGGUCGCGGCGCUGGCUCGACCUGCGGGGCCUGGGUUUCGCCCGUCGGCCGCGGCCGCCGCAGGAGCGGGCGCUGCUGGUGGUCUUCACCCGCGCUCGGCGGCGGAGCCUCCUCGGGGAGCUGCGCGCCGAGCUGGGCGCACCCCCGCCGCCGCCGCCCGCCGCCCGCCGCCCGCCGGCCCGGCGCCAGCGCCGCACCGCCUUCGCCAGCCGGCACGGCAAGCGGCACGGCAAGAAGUCCCGGCUGCGCUGCAGCAAGAAGCCGCUGCACGUCAACUUCAAGGAACUGGGCUGGGACGACUGGAUCAUCGCCCCGCUGGAAUACGAGGCCCACCACUGCGAGGGGGUCUGCGACUUCCCUCUGCGCUCCCACCUGGAGCCCACAAACCACGCCAUCAUCCAGACCCUCAUGAAUUCCAUGGACCCCGGCUCCACGCCGCCCAGCUGCUGCGUCCCCACCAAACUGACCCCCAUCAGCAUCCUCUACAUCGACGCGGGCAACAACGUGGUGUACAAGCAGUACGAGGACAUGGUGGUGGAGUCCUGCGGCUGCAGGUAGCGGGCGGGACGCUCCUCGGCGGCAGCCGGGGUCUGCGUGUGGCGGAGGUGCGGCGGCAGCGGCGAGCGGGGCCCCCGUCCCGGGCCCGG